AUGACCUCCCAUUCACAACAAUGCCUGGACCUCCUCAACCUCAAGAAAGGUUUCAUCAAGCUCAAUGAAAGCGACAACAACUACUACUACCAUGCAACAACUUAUCUGCCGCACUGGCUCCCCAGCACAGACUGUUGCGGGUGGGAAGGAGUCAGCUGCGACGAAGCAUCAGGUCUUGUUGUCUCUCUCGACCUCAGCGAGAGGUAUAUGGGAGGCAACAUUAUGCCUUCCCUUUUCAACCUCACCUCCCUCCAAACACUCAAUCUCUCCUCCAAUUGGUUCAACCAGCUAAGUGAUGUCCUGCUUUCUGAUUUGGAAAAACUGGCUAAUCUCACACAUCUCAACCUUUCUAAUUCCGGACUGCUGGUAGGCCAAAUUCCCAUCGGCAUCUCUCGCCUCACAAAACUCAUAUCUUUGGACCUCUCCUCAGAUUACAUAUAUUCUUUGAAGCUGGAGAAGCCUGAUCUUGGUACUCUCAUCAGACAUCUUUCUAAUUUAAAAGAGCUCUAUUUGGAUGGAGUCAGUAUUUCUUCAAGCAAGACGGAGUGGUCCCAAGCCAUCUCUCACUCCGUUCCAGGACUUGAAGCUCUCAGUUUGAUUGGUUGUUCUCUCUCAGGGCCAAUUGACAGUUCUUUCUCCAAGCUCCGGAAUUUAUCAAUACUUCAUCUUGAUUCUAACAAUCUUUUGUCCCAAGUGCCUAAAUUCUUUGCAAAUUUUUCUUCUUUAAGUGUGCUUAGUCUCAGUAACUGUGGACUGGAGGGUUUGAUUCCAAGGAGUUUGUUUGAACUCUUGAACUUGAAGAUACUUGAUCUUUCACAUAAUUUAGAGCUAACAGAGGUUUCUUUUAAGAGUUUGUUAAAUUCUUUGCGAAUCUCGAAGUCUUUGACAUCUUUGAAUUUUGCUUAUUGUAAUCUCGCAGGGCCAAUGCCCUUGUCAAUCUGGAAUCUCAGUGAAUUGAUUGUUUUAGACCUCUCUAAUAAUUACCUCUCCGGGGACUUGCCACCAAUGCCUGCUAGUUCAAAGAUCUCGAUCCUUCAUCUUUCUUAUAAUAAUUUCAAUGGAUCGAUCCCCAGUACUCUCAGCUCUGCACGUCACCUUGUGUCACUUGAUUUAGCAGGCAACUCACUCACUGGAUCUAUUCCGAUGUCUUUGUUCACACUCCCCAUAUUGGAGGAGUUGAUUCUAGAUAUCAAUAAAUUCUCUGGUCAGCUACAAGAAUUCACAAAUGCAUCUCCUACAUUGCAGCAUGUUAAUCUGUGGCACAAUAACCUCAAUGGGAAGCUCCCAAAAUCACUUCUUGAUCUCUCUGCCCUCAGGUUUCUAGAAUUAGGUUCAAACAACUUUGAUGGCUCGAUGGUGGGAUUAGAGUUGUUUGGCUACCUUCACAAUCUGACAGACUUGGAUCUUUCAGGCGUUAACUUGUCGAUCUCUGACCUAAGUCUAGAUUCUUCUCUUCUGUUUCCAUCUCUUAUUCAGUUGGAAUUGGGAUCUUGCAAUCUAACAGCUAUCCCAUCUUUCUUGAAGCGUAAAAAAAAUAUGUUAGUGCUAGACCUUUCAAACAACAAAAUUAAUGGUACAAUACCCAACUGGAUAUGGAGCAUUGGGAGUGGUUUCAUCGAUUCUAUGGAUUUAUCUUUCAACUUAUUCACUGAUAUUGAGAAGCCUUUCUUGAAGCAUUCAAAUUAUCUUAGGCAUCUAGACCUUUCAAGCAACAGAAUUAGUGGUACCAUACCAAGUUGGAUAUGGAGCUCUAGUCUUAACUACCUGAAUUUAUCAUGCAACUUGUUCACAACUGUUGAGGGGUCUUUCUCCAAUUCUUCCACUAACAGUGUUUUUAUCGAUCUCCACUCUAACUUUCUUCAAGGACCAAUUCCUCUUCCUCCACCAAAUAGUUUCCUUGUGGACUACUCAAACAACCUCUUCACUUCUUUCAUCCCAUUUAACAUAUCAUACUACCUGAAACAAACUAUAAUCUUCUCAUUGUCAAAUAAUAGUCUCACAGGAGAAGUCCCCUCAUCAAUUUGUAGUGCAACAAAACUCUAUGUUUUUUAUAUCUCUCACAACAAUUUGAGUGGUUUGAUACCAGCUUGCCUAUUGGAAAGUCUCAUAGACCUGGGAGUGUUGAAUGCUCAGGAGAACAGUUUUCAAGGAAACAUACCUCAAAAGGUCAGCUCAAGUUGUGCUCUACAAACAAUUAAUCUCCACGGAAACAAGUUGGAAGGGUUGGUACCUAGCUCAUGGGCCAACUGUUAUGAGCUAGAAGUCCUAGACCUUGGUAGGAAUAAGUUGGCAGACUCUUUCCCAUAUUGGCUGAUGGAUCUUCCUGCAUUGAAAGUCCUGGUUCUCAAAGAAAACAGAUUCUUUGGACAUCUGGCUGGUAUUUGUGAGGGUUAUCUCCCCUUCAUGACUCUCCAAAUCUUUGACAUCUCAUCAAACCAUUUCAUUGGUAGCUUGCCAUCAGAGUGUUUUAAGAGCAUGAAAGCAAUGACGGUUCCACAGGGACAGACCGAGACAAUUAGACAUACCCCGAAUGGAAUUGUAUGGUCAGGGACACCAUAUUAUUAUCAAGACAUGGUUACAGUCAAUUUGAAAGGGUCUGAGAUCGAACUAGUAAAGAUUUUGACUAUCUUCACUUAUAUUGAUUUGUCAAAUAACCGAUUUGUGGGAAGUAUUCCUCACGUGAUUGGAGAUCUUAAGUCCCUUCAUUCUUUGAACAUGUCACUAAAUGCUUUCACUGGUGAAAUUCCACGGGUGCUCGGAGAUAUGAGUGCGCUAGAGGCAUUGGACCUCUCACGAAACCAAUUAUCAGGAGUGAUUCCGAGUUCUCUGACAUCCCUGACCUUCUUGGCUUUCUUGAAUCUGUCAAACAACAACUUGGUAGGAAGAAUACCACAGAGCUACCAGUUCUCCACAUUCUCGAAUUCAUCUUUUGAAGGGAAUCCAGGUCUGUGUGGGAGCCCAUUAUCAAACGAUUGUAUUAAUUCAACUAGCAUGGAGCCAUCUUCAGAUUCUAAGAAUGCACCGACAGAGUUUGACAUGGACGAGAUUUGGUUUUGGAUGUUUACAGGAUUGGGUUAUGGAGUUGGAUUUGCAGCGGCCAUUAUCUAUCAAUUGUUCUUUACCAAGUGGAAAAUGUGGUACAAGAGGAGGUUCAUGACCAGAUAA